GUUCUGCUGUCCAGUCUGUAGAGCUGGUGUGUAAAGGACUGUGGAAGUCUAUAUGUGUUCUGCUGUCCAGUUCUGGUGUCCAGUCUGUAGAGCUGGUGUGUAAAGGACUGUGGAAGUCUAUAUGUGUUCUGGUGUCCAGUCUGCUGUUGUCUCUGUCCCUUCCUGUCUCUCCCUGUAGGUUCUGCUGUUGUCUCUGUCCCUUCCUGUCUCUCCCUGUAGGUUCUGCUGUCCAGUCUGUAGAGCUGGUGUGUAAAGGACUGUGGAAGUCUAUAUGUGUAGCUAAAGGCUCUGCUCUGCUGUUGUCUCUGUCCCUUCCUGUCCUCUCUGCAGGGUCAGGGAAGUCCUUCUCCAUGAUGGGGAAUAAGAAGGCUCCAGGGCUGAUCCCCAGGCUGUGCUGCUCCCUGUUUGAGAGGAUCGGCCGGGAGGACAGCCAGGUUCUCUCCUUCAAGGUGGAGGUCUCCUACAUGGAGAUAUACAACGAGAAGGUCCGUGACCUGCUGGACCCUAAAGGGAGUCGUCAGUCUCUGAAGGUCAGAGAGCACAAGGUUCUGGGUCCGUAUGUGGACGGUCUGUCACAACUGGCGGUCACCAACUUUGAGGACAUUGAGGUGUUGAUGUGAGGGAAUAAGUCGAGGACGGUGGCAGCCACCAAUAUGAAUGAGGAGAGCAGUCGUUCCCACGCCGUUUUCAGCAUCAUCGUCACACAGACACUCUACGACCUGAAGUCUGGGAACUCAGGGGAGAAAGUGAGCAAGAUGAGCCUGGUGGAUCUGGCUGGUAGUGAGCGUGUGUCUAAAACUGGAGCUGCAGGGGAGAGGCUGAAGGAGAGCAAGAUCAACAGGUCUCUUACCACACUGGGCUGUGUGAUCUCUGCGCUGGCGGACCAGUCUGCAGGGAAGGGGGGGAAGAAUAAGUUUGUUCCUUACAGAGACUCUGUCCUCACCUGGCUUCUCAAGGACAACCUGGGUGGCAACAGUAAGACGUGUAUGAUCGCCACGGUGAGCCCAGCAGCUGAUAACUACGAGGAGACGUUGUCCACGCUGCGUUACGCAGACCGCGCCAAGAGGAUCGUCAACCACGCCGUGGUCAAUGAAGACCCCAACGCACGGAUCAUCAGAGAGCUCCGGGAGGAAGUGGAGAAACUCAGAGUGCAGCUCUCUCAGGCUGAGUCUCUAAAGGCUCCAGAGCUGAAGGAGAGGCUUCAGGAGUCAGAGAAGCUGAUCCAGGAGAUGACCGUUACCUGGGAGCAGAAACUACGCAACACAGAGGAGAUUGCUACGGAGCGUCAGCAGCAGCUAGAGAGUAUGGGGAUCUCCCUGGAGACGUCUGGGAUCAAAGUUGGAGAUGACAAGUGCUUCCUGGUCAACCUGAACGCAGACCCCGCCCUCAAUGAGCUGCUGGUCUACUACCUAAAGGAACACACGCGUGUUGGUGCAGACACCUCUCAGGACAUCCAGCUCUUUGGGAUUGGUAUCCAGUCAGAACACUGUGUGUUGGAGAUCAGCCCAGACGGGGGGGAGGUCACCCUCACCCCUAUAGAGAAUGCCAGAACCUGUGUGAAUGGAACCAUGACUGUGUCCUUGGUCCACCUGUGGCAUGGAGACCGCAUAUUGUGGGGCAACAACCACUUCUUCAGGAUAAACCUGCCUGGGAGGAAGCAUCCUGACGUGGCGUCUAAAGGAGCUGGAGAGGGAACGGGCGUCCCCAGGGAGAGCUAUGUAGAGGUAGACGUAGAGACAGCAAGCGAGGCCUCCUCAGAACAGGACUACAGCUAUGAGUUCGCCCAGACGGAGGUCAUGAUGAAGACCCUUGGAAACAACGAUCCCAUGCAGAACGUGGUCCAGGUUUUAGAGAAGCAGUACCUGGAGGAGAAACGCACAGCGCUGGAGGAACAGAGGAUGAUGUAUGAGAGAGAGCUGGAGUCACUACGGCAACAGCUGUCUCCUGAGAGGACCAAUCAGCAUCAGCGAUCCAGCAGCGACCGCCUCACCUUCCCCACACACACACCAUCACACCACAGCAAGAUACGCCCCUGGACUGAGGAGAGGGACGAGCUGUUUCGUCAGAGUCUGUCCAGGCUGAGGGAGCAGGUUGUCAAGGCCAACACCCUGGUGAGAGAGGCCAACUUCCUGGCAAAGGAGAUGAACAAACGGACUGACUACCAGGUCACCCUCCAGAUCCCUGCAGCUAACCUCAGUGCCAACCGCAAGCGUGGAGCCAUAGUGAGUGAACCAGCCAUCCUGGUGAGGUGGAAAGGGAAGGGGACACAGGUCUGGACCAUCGACAAGCUGGACAACAAACUAGUGGACAUGAGAGACCACUACAGAGACUGGAAGGAGGGAGCUGAGGACACGGUGAGACCAGCAGUUUGGGAGUCCUGUGAGAAGCUACACAGUACGCUGUUCCUAGAACAGCCAGCAGGGGGCCAGCCAUUCUUUGUCAGAGAACAACACACACCUAUGAUCAGCCAGCAGGGGGAGGUAGCCGGCAGGCUCCACGUAGAGCUGAUGCGUGUCAGCGGGGCGGUGCCGGAGCGGCUGGAGGGGGGAGAUGACUCGUCAGAGAACUCCAGUGAGAGCAGCAUCUACGAUGUGAUGGACACUCAGGGAGAGAUGGUCCACAUGGCCAGGAAACUCACCUGCAGGGUGCGUAUCAGGGAGGCCACGGGGCUGCCUCUCAACCUGUCCAACUUCGUCUUCUGCCAAUACACCUUCUGGGAGGGGGCGGAGCCUACGGUGGCCCCGCCCAUGGUCAGCCCAGACACGCCAACCACGCCCCGCACCCCCGACGCCCAGUUCACCGUCCGCUUCGACCACUGCAAGGAGUAUGUGGUCCAUGUGACAGAGGAGUUUUUAGAGUUCAUCGCAGACGGGGCGCUGGCCAUCGAGGUGUGGGGUCACCGCUGUGCCGGGAACGGACGCUCUCCCUGGGAGCUGGACGCACUGCUGGCCAAGACACGCACCCUACGAGACAGGUGGAGUGAGGUGUCUCGUCGUAUUGAGCUGUGGGUUUCUAUCCAGGAGCUGAAUGAGCAGGGGGACUACUCUGAUGUAGAGAUGCAUCCUGGGAAGGACAUCGGUACUGGAGGAGUGUUCCAGCUCAGACAGGGUCACUCGCGCAGGCUGCAGGUGUGUGUGAAGCAGGUGCAGGACUCUGGGACUCUGCCUCUGCUGGUGGAGGCUGUUCUAUCUGUCUCUAUCGGCUGUGUGUCAGCACGCUCCACCAAGCUACAGAGAGCCCUGGACAGCUACCAGAGGGAGGAGGAGGAUGGAGAUAUGGAUAGUUAUCAGGAGGAGGACCUGAACUGUGUGAGGGACCGCUGGUCUGAGGCCCUCAUCAAACGACGAGAGUAUCUGGACGAGCAGAUCAACAAGAUCAUCAACAAACAGGAGAAGUCAGAAGAGGACAUGGAGAGGGAGGCCAGGCUGGUGGAACAGUGGGUAGGGCUGACCGAGGAAAGGAACGCUGUACUGGUGCCCGCGCCUGGUAGUGGCAUACCUGGUGCCCCUGCCCACUGGGCCCCUUCUGCUGGGAUGGAAGCUCACUUCCCAGUCCUCUUCCUGGACUUGAAUGCAGACGACCUGACAGUGAACCAACAGUUAACGGGACCCAGCGCUGCCGGGGUUAACUCUAUCCUGCCCAAGGAGCACGGCACACAGUUUUUCUACCUGCCAAUCAUCAGACACAGUGAUGACGAGGUGUCAGCGCUGUGCUCCUGGGACUCAUCCAUCCACGACUCUGUGCACCUGAACCGCGUGACGUCACCCAACGAGCGUAUCUACGUGAUCAUUAAAGCCACAGUGCAGCUCAGCCAUCCUGUCUCAAUGGAGCUGGUGCUGCGCAAGAGGAUCUCUGUCAACAUCUACAACAAACAGAGCUUCACCCAGAGUCUGAAGAGAAGGAUGUCCUUGAAGAACACACUGUACUCCUGUGGAGUCACCUAUGAGAUUCUGUCAAAUAUACCAAAGGCGUCUGAGGAGCCUGAGGAGAGAGAGACUCUGGCCCUGAUGGCAGCGAGGGGAGAUGGUGAGGAGAGUCAGGAUGGACAGACCUACAUAGAGCAAUACACCAGAGGACUUCUGGAGGUGGAGAAUAUACUGAGCCUGGAGAGACUCAGACAGGCGGUGACGGUGAAGGAAGCUCUGUCUGUUAAAGGGAGAAACAUCAGAAGGAGCUUCAGCACCCCCAACGUACAGCAUGUAAGACACAUACACACACACACACAUACACACACACACACACCAGUACCCCCAACAUGGUUCCUUAUUAAAACAGACCUGAUUGGCUGGGAGGAUGUAGACUGGAAGGACCAUUGUGACCUUCAUCAGGAUGUCUCUGACUGCACUCCCCAGGACGGUGGUUCUCUGUGUGGGACGCCACUCAGAAACAAGACAGAGAAUCACGUGCGUUCCCCCUCAGGUCUGGUACCAGAGAGCCCCACCUUCUUCAACUCCAGCCCAUUCAAGGCCCUCUCUCCCCAGACGCCCAAGUUCCUCAAGUCUCUGCUGCCGGUCAGAGAGGAGAGCAAGACCAAGAGAGUCCUGGAGGCACGACCACUACUGGGACAGGAGAGCAUGUGCUCCUCAUGUUUGGACAGCUCUGUGCUGCUCCCCCCUCCCUGCCACGGCCAAGCCCCCUGGCGCAGGCCCAGAGCGGGCAGCGAGGGCCACCGCAGCCCCUCCACCGCCACCCUCACCCCCUCCACCCUCACCCUCAGUACCUGCACCAGCAGGAAGCUCAGCCUCACACUGCCACACACCGCUGACUCUGAGGAGGAGACAGACAUGGCCCUGAGUUUGGGUCUGGGCCCUCAGGACUUCCACAGCUUCCAGUCCUACAUCCCAGAGGACUUUGCCAACUUUGAGGUGUACAACGCUGCCCUGGAGAGCCAGGAGGGGGGGGUGGGUGGGGCGGGGGGCAGGGGAGAGCUGAGAGGGGGUCGGGGAGGUGGUGGAGGGGGGGAAAGAGAGGGGGCUCCCCGGAGCCCCACCGCCAGCAGCUGCACCAGCGGUUACUUCUCCCACAGUGCCUCAGACGCCACGCUCUCUGACGUGCCAUUCGGGGCCAGCGACAGCUCCGACCAGCUCAGCGCCUCCGCAGUGGCUCAAGACAGAAAUGACCCUGACCGGGAAACCCACAACCUCCACCCCCACGAGUCCCCCUCCUUCCACUGCACCAGCACGGCCCGAGGCUGUGCCCAGACCAGAAGUGUCUCGCCGUGGGGUGACACCCAGACCCCUGCAUGUCCCCCCGGGGUCGCCUCCCAGCCCCUCCCCACCACCUCUCCCUCCUCCCCUGUCAGUAUUCCUAACUGCUCAGAGCAGCCACCAUCCCCGCGGCCCGGCAGGUGUGUCCUCAGCGUCAGCCAAGAGUUUACAGACUUCAAGGGGGCCGACGACGGCAUGGAGGAUCUGGGUGAGCUGGGACACUUCCAGUCUGGGGAUGCACCACACAUAUUCCCUGUCCCAGCGGAGGAGGAGAAAGGGGGCUCUGGCAGCAGGCACCAGACCUCUGACAAAGACCUGGUCGUCAUCAACACACAACAACAACAACAUACAUCUCACCCCGGUAACGCCCGGCUCCCUCAGCCCCACUCACACCUCCACAACGGCAAACAGUGUAUCGGCAGCGUAGCCGUGCCCUGCCCACCACCCUCCAGCCCGCCAGGCCAGCUAGCAGGAGGAGAACCCCAGAUCCAGGAGCCAAUCCAGGGAGACCUACCUCCAGGGAGCCCCUGUCCCAGCCCAAGCUGCCCUAGCCCCAACCCCAGCAGCACUGAGGCCUCUGGGGACUCCUGCAGCGGGGACGAGGGCUCUGGUUCUCCGGUGGCCCAGCUGCCUGACUGGAUGGCUCCCGGGGAGCAGGUAUGGGUGGGGAAGAGGAGCGGCACGGUGCACUACGUCGGCGGGGUAGAGUUCGCCAAGGGGAUCUGGGUCGGGGUGCAGCUGGACCUGGCUGUGGGCAAGCACAACGGGACAGUCCAGGGGAGGGUUUACUUCCGCUGUCCUCCAGGCCACGGGGUGUUCGUCAAGCCCUCCUGUCUCACUAGAGGACCCCCCUCCAUGGACACCACAGACACCCAGCCUCUGGUCCGAUAAAAUUCACUAAACUCCCCAAAUUCCUAGUCUUUCCAGGAAUCCCGGUUGGAAUAUUCCCAGAAUCAGGAGGGAAUAAGAAGGAACUCCAGAAUCCUCAAACCAGCAUUUCUGGAAAACCUGGGAAUUUGGGGAAAGGAACUUUCCACCCAGGACUAUCAUCUAAAGGGGGUACCCAGAUCCAGAGCAGUUUCUACUAGACCAGGCCCAGAUCCAGAACAGUUUCUACAAGACCAGGGCCAGAUCUAGAACAGUUCCUACUAGACCAGGGCCAGAUCUAGAACAGUUCCUACUAGACCAGGGCCAGAUCCAGAACAGUUCCUACUAGACCAGGGCCAGAUCUAAAACAGUUUCUACUAGACCAGGGCCAGAUCUAGAACAGUUUCUACUAGACCAGGGCCAGAUCUAGAACAGUUCCUACUAGACCAGGGCCAGAUCUAGAACAGUUCCUACUAGACCAGGGCCAGAUCUAGAACAGUUUCUACUAGACCAGGGCCAGAUCUAGAACAGUUUCUACUAGACCAGGCCCAGAUCCAGAACAGUUCCUACUAGACCAGGGCCAGAUCCAGAACAGUUCCUACUAGACCAGGGCCAGAUCCAGAACAGUUCCUACUAGACCAGGCCCUGAUCCAGAACAGUUCCUACUAGACCAGGGCCAGAUCCAGAACAGUUCCUACUAGACCAGGCCCAGAUCCAGAACAGUUCCUACUACACCAGGCCCAGAUCCAGAACAGUUCCUACUACACCAGGCCCAGAUCCAGAACAGUUCCUACUAGACCAGGGCCAGAUCCAGAACAGUUCCUACUAGACCAGGGCCAGAUCCAGAACAGUUCCUACUAGACCAGGGCCAGAUCCAGAACAGUUUCUACUAGACCUGGGCCAGAUCUAGAACAGUUCCUACUAGACCAGGCCCUGAUCCAGAACAGUUCACACCAGACCAGGGGCAGCUGUCAGCGCUCAACAGCUGAGCCCCAAAACCAGCUCUUCUUCUCUCAUUCUCACCCUCCCUCUGUUCCACUAGACUUCCGAUCAUGUGUUCUGUCUGUCGGUAUGAACUGCUUUCCCUUUAACAUAUCUGUCCCAUGCGUUUUAUGAAGGCAUAUCAUCGUUCAAUAUCGUUGUUCACUGAAAGUCAAACGCACACAUCCAGGUUUUCUGCAGCUCAUAUUCCUGUUCAAACACCAGAUCUUCCUGUAGAGGUGACAGAGAGUUGUCAUCUGGGGUGUGUGGAUCCAGAAUGUACUAGUGUUGAUAACUCACUGAUAUCCGGAUUGGUUAUCCAAGUCACUGUGAUAUGUCGUCAGGGGUUACCAAAGAACUAAGGUUUCAUAUCUACUGUUUUAA